CGCGGCCGGUCCAGUCCAACCCCACUCUUCCUACCCUCUUCUCUCGGAGCCAAAUCGAAGCCAGAAAAUUCCCCAAAAAGCUACCGUUUUUCCGGCCGACGCGCCGGCGCCGCAGCCGCAGCGAUGCCAAACGCGAUACCGGCCUUCUUCCGCGCCUCGCCGGGAGGCGCGGCCGCGGCGUCGGGGUCGGGGGCGGGGCCCAGCCUCGCCACGUCGGUCUACGAGACCCGCCUCGGCCUGGCGGCGCUCUCCUGGUCGCGCGCCGCCUUCGGGCUCAGCCUCCGGGCCGUGCUCCGCGUCGGGGCGCUCGUCUCCUCCUCCUCCGCCUCCGACUACGGCUGCUACGACGACGGGCCGGAGCUCGACGAGGAGGCGGCCAUCGCGGUGCGCGUCCGGCCGUGGCUCUUCUGGCGGCGCCGCGGGUCCAAGCGGUUCCACGCGCACGACCGCCGGGUGGACAUCGCGUGGGACCUCACGCACGCGCGGUUCGCCUCGCCGGGCUCGCCCGAGCCCUCCUCCGGCUACUACGUCGCCGUCGUGGUCGACGGCGAGAUGGCGGUCGUGGCGGGGGACAUGCCCGAGGAGGCGUACAGGAAGACCAAGGCCCAGCGCCCGGCGGCGGGGCCCGGCCACGUCCUCGUCUCCCGCCGCGAGCACGUGUCCAUGCGCGACGGCGGGCACGGCCGCGGCCACAAGACCUGCGUCACCGUCCGCGGCAAGGAGCGGCAGAUCUCGCUGGAUCUCGUCUCGCGCGGCCACGGCAGGGACAAGGAGACGGACAGGGACAAGGACAAGGGGGCGGAGGUCGGCCUGUCCGUCUCCGUGGACGGCGACCGCGUCCUCCACAUCCGCCGCCUGCGCUGGAAGUUCCGCGGCAGCGAGAAGGUUGACCUCGGCGGCGGCGACCGGGUGCUCGUCUCCUGGGACCUGCACAACUGGCUCUUCUCCGCGCGCGAGCCGCCCCUCGCCGACGCCGCCUCCGUUCUCGCCGCCGCGGCGCCCCCGCCCGCGCAGGCAGUCUUCGUCUUCCGCUUCGAGCUCGGCGACGCCGCCGCCGGCGAAGAGCGCGAGUCCGCAGAGGCCAAGGAGAAGGAGCUGCUCGAUAAGGCCAGGAGAGGCGGCGGCGCCGGCAUCCUGUCGGGCUACCUUGGGAGAUGGGGCAGAGGGGACUGGAGCGAGACCAGCAGCAAUGGGGAGAACCGGAGGAAGAGGGGGCAGGCGCGCAGGCUGGCAAAGGGAAGCUCCUCGUCGUCGGCGUCGAUCGCAUCCUCCUCGGCCUCCUGGGCGAGCAGCUCGACAGUCAUGGACUGGGCCAGCCAAGAAGAGGCCGAGCUGCACCGCGGCGACGGCUUCUCGCUUCUUGUCUACGCCUGGAAGAGCUAGCUAAUGGCUGCCACGACGCUCGGCGUCGCUGCAACCAGCUGCCCGGCCGGCAUUGUUACAUUUGAUGAUGGAUGGUUGGUUCUUCAUUCGUUGGGAGUUUCUUCCCCUUCUGAUUGUUGUAAGUUGCGAUUGUUUUCCGAGCAAAUGAUCUUGUGCAGUUUUGAGUGACCAAAUUGUUCAUUACAACUACGAAUAUUGAACACAGCUAGCUGAAUUCAUAUUACGA